AGCCUGAAUGCGCGGUCUAUUCAUCCUACGAGAGAAAAGUGGGGUUGUGCUCAAGAACAAUCCUGUAAAUAAUUUAAGAGGUGAAAUUCUUUCAAUAUGCUCUUCGAAAUCCGAUUCAAGCGAUAACAAUAGACCCACAAUAUCAAAUCAGAUAUCUGCUUGUCAUUUUUCUCCGGGGGGUUAUAAAUUAUACUUUGCACUAAAUUCAGGUGAUUUGUACUGCUUAGACUUUGUGAAGAACUGGUAAGCAUCAUUCAUCGUACCUGUUCGACAGAAAAUAUCUUUAGGUAUCAAUUAAUAGCUUCGUUGAAUCGUGGUAUUACAUAUAUAUGUUUAUGUGAACCACGUGGAUAUGUGCUUCUGGGUUUGAAUGAUAACAGCAUCAGGAUCUUAGACGAGGGUAACUUUUCGCUAUUUCCCAGGUUUCUUGUGAAGGAUAUGUUGCUAAUUUUGUGCUUUGUUUUCGUUCAAUAUAUCAGGACAUUUUUUUGGAUAAAAUGUACAUCAACGUAUGAUAUUUGCUCAUUCAGAAGUGUAGUGCCUUUGUCCUAUCAUCCCAUAUUAUCCAGACACAAUCAAUCUAUGCCCCAAAAAGUAGUUAUAAUUUCGACUGAAAAUGAUAUGAUUUGGUGGUUAACCAUUGCAAACAAUUUUAAAUUUUUUUGGUCAAGUCCUACCUAUCCUAGUUUCACAACUUUAUGAUAUUUUUUACGCACACGGUUCAGUUAAUUUUUACUAUGUCUCAAUAUCUAAAGAGUAAAAUUGUGCAGCUUUCAGGAUCGAGUAUAAGUAUAUCCUACUUGAAUGAUAUAUUUUCGUAAGAAAGUUGUAUAAUAUCGUGCCGUGCAGUCUCAUUCAAGGCCUCUAACCAUCGGUUGCCAUCAUCUCGCGAAUCCCAACCAGGUAGUCUACACCUACCAACAUGGUUCAGUCCACUUGUCAGUGACUUCAUGGAUUUGUGCCAUAUUUUGGCCUGGCUGCCCCUAGCCUUCUUCCAACCUACUCCUACCCCAUAAAGCAUUGCACGUCGGGGCAGUCGGUGGUUGGGCAUACGUAACACGUGUCCCAGCCAUCUCAACUGAUGAAGUUUUACUACUUCAUCAAUCGAUUUGCCAUCCUUACCUAGUACCCGUUUCCUAACAACUGCAUUACGUACCCGGUGGUCCCAGGAUAUACGAGCAAUGCUUCGAAGACACCUAUGAUCGAACACUAGUAGCCUACGGAUAUCCUUUUCUCUUAUCGACAAUGUUUCACUGCCAUAAAGUAGGACGGAACGACCUGCUGCACAGUACACAUGUCCUUUGGUUGCUAGACGGAUAUCUCGCCUACGCCAUAAAUGACGCAAGUUGGCGAAAGCUAGACGAGCCUUCUGUAUUCGUUCUGAGAUUUCGUCACACCAGACCACAAGGGCUGAUGAGACUCCCAAGAUAAGUGAAGUGGUCUACACGCUCAACUACUUCACUCCCUAUCAUUAGUUCAGGUGCCGAUGCAACCCAAUCCUGAAGUAACAUUUUGCAUUUCGAGGGGGAAAAUCUCAUCCCGAACAUGCCUGAAUAGUUGCUUAUAGUGAUCAGAAGACUCUGCAUUUUGUCAGCGUCUUCACCAAAUAGAACUAUUUUAUCGGUGUAUUCUAAGUCAACAAGUGAGCCUCCUGGUAGAAUUUCAACUGGAGAUUUAGCUGUUGGAAGUGUUAUCUCUAGAAGUAUGUCAACGACAAAGUUAAACGAGAAUGGGGAGAGUGGACAGCCCUGACGAACACCACUUGAGGUAACCAAUUCUGAUGACAGUUCUCCAUAGGCUCUAACUCGACCACUUGUGUUCUAUCAACGGAGUUAAAUGCCGCCUUAAGGUCAAGAAAUACUACGAUUGUGGGGCGUCUGAAUGUAUGUCUAUGUUCUACGACCUGACGUAGAGUGAAUAUCUGGUCUAUGCAAUCACGCCCAGGUCGGAAACCAGCCUGGUUUUCUCUAGUCUGCUCUUCACGAGCUUUUGUUAGGCGUCCAAGUAUUAUUGAAGCUAAUAUUUUAGACACUAUAUUAGUCAAACUGAUUCCUCUGUGAUUGUCACAGGAGGACCUUUGUCAUUUUUAUAGACUGGCACGAUCAGUGAUUGGGACCAGUCAGAUGGAAUUACCUCCAGUUCCCAGAUUCUACCUAAGACCUCAGUCAAUCUCGCUGCUAGUACUGGACCACCAUCCUUAAAAAUCUCAGGAGUUAACCUGUCAGUGCCUGCUGCUCUCCCUCGUUUCAGAUUUCAUAUAGCUUUUUCAACCUCGUAGAGAGUUGGGGGAUUUACGUCAAUUUGCCAUUCAGGAAGACUGGGGAUCGUGGGUAACUGAAGUGUGUCUGAAAGCCAGGUGAACUGAUCCCUAAAGUGUUCUGACCAUCGAUCUAAUCUCCUGGAUUAAGAAUGAAUGAUAUGCCCAUCUUUAUCUAAGAUAGUUUCACUGAUACUUGUUGUUCCUAAUACCGGUUUCUUUAACAAGUCUGAAUAGCUGUCUGCUGUUACCUAUUGCCGCUGCCUUUUCCAUCUCUCUAGCUUUCGCUACCCACCACUGUUCACGGUCACUGAGUAGGCCAUAGAGACCAGCUAUUUUAAUUCUGAAUACCAAUGAAGCGAAAUCUGUCUAUCUAUUACCAUCAUAUUCUAUCUUUAGAGUCCGGAAAUGAGAUUAAUUCUUUGAGUGGUCACACGUACAGAAUCUCUAAUAUAUCAGUUCAACCAGUUUCUGGUCGUUAUGGAUUAUCUACUGCCCUAAGUGAAGCAAUAUUAUGGGAUCUCGACACUAGCACAUGUCGCUGCAGAUUACAUAUUGGUCAAAAAGUGAAUUUGGUAUCAGUAACUUUCAUUCCACCUUGUGGUGAGCAAAUUGUAUCCUGUUUUCAAGAUGGAUCCAUUUAUGUUUGGAGUACAGAUUCUCUUCAGUGUUUAUUUAGGCUUAUUAACAGUGAUUAUCCGAAUCCACCGUAUAGAUCAAUUACAUUUACCAGCAAAGGUCAUUAUUUAUUUGCAGCUGGUCGUUCACCAUUUGUCUACUUAUGGGAUUUAAAAGGACAUGUAAAUUGUUUAAGUCAAGAUAGUCCAGAUUUAUAUGAUUCAAAUUCAAAUAAUCAGUUUUUACAUGAGUUAAUUAAACUUCCUGAACCAUUAAAAUCAGUUCGUCGAAUUGAAUGGAUCCCUAAAUCUUGUUUGGUUGAUUUUAACCAAUUUUACCAUGAUUCUAUGAUAUCUGAUGAGUUAUCUGGUCUGUUGUUAUUACUUGGCACUGAUAAACGUUUACGUCUUUUGAUACGAACCCAUGAAUAUUCUACAAAAUCAUUAGCUUGCACAGAAAAUUCGCCAAAGCAUCAAUUGUCAAAGAACUCAACUUCCAUCUAUUGGAAAUGCUUGUUUACGUUUGGAUUCGGUUCAUUAGAAGACCCACUGUUAUCAUCAUUUAGUGUACCGGCUUACGGUAUUUUAGAUCUCUCUGAUUGUCAGGGAAAACAACGGAAUAAAUCUUUCAAUUGUCAUUCAUUAUUGGCUAUUCUUGAUGAUCACGGCUUAUUACACAUAAACGACCUUUCAAUAGUAUUAAACUUCCUCAAAAGCUCAUCAAUACCUGUAAUCAAAGUGAAAAAUGAGACUUCAAACGAAAAGUCUUCCCUCAAACACAUAGAAAACAAUAAGAGAAACGACUUUCCAAAUUUUAAAAUGUUUACAAGUUAUAAUAAAAAUAUAUGUACGACAGAUUCAGGUUUAUCACAUGUAAGAGAGCCUACUAGUGCUUUUUUGGAUCGCAAACGUUUACGUUUAUUACUUAGAGAAUUCGGGAAGUUUCCAAAUAAAUAUCGGUUGUUCAUUUGGCGUUCUGUUUUGCAAAUUCCAUGUAAUACCCAAGCUUUUAGCAUUCUACAGAAGAAAGGUAUCCAUCCAGCCUAUGAUUUAUUAUCUAUGCGAUAUCCUAUGCGGAGUCAAAGAUUACUGAAAGCCCUGCAAAAAACUUGCUCGGCAUUGGCUUAUUGGUGUCCAUUGUUUGGUGAAACAGAUUGGUUACCGUUGUUUGUUUUUCCUUUUCUAAAAUUACAUCAGAAUAAUCUGUUGCAUGCAUUUGAAGUUGCAGCUACAAUACUGAUCAAUUGGUGCGGUACUUGGUUUGAAUUUUUCCCGAAUCCCCCAAUUAAUAUUCUUUGCAUGAUUGAAAACAUUAUCGCUUACGCUGAUCCAGUACUGUAUCGUCAUUUUGUGCAAUAUAACAUCACGACCGAGAUUUAUGCCUGGCCACUUCUUCAAACUGGUCUAAGUGAAGUAUUUAAUGAAGAUGAAUGGUUGUGUCUUUGGGAUUCUUUAAUAUGUUACUCACCUAGUCUAUUACUUGCUGUAGUUGCAAGUUAUUCUAUCUGCUCUCGAGGAUCACUUCUUAUGGUUCAGAAUACUGAUAUAUUUGAAGCAUACUACCAUAGUCAAAGUACUUUACAAAUAUCAAAUAUUAUUGAGCGUGCUCAUCAAUUACUUACUUCAACACCUUCAAAUAUACAUCCAGGAAGAUUAUUGUCUUCGCUUAUGCAAACGGAUAGUCAAAAUAAAAACAAAGAAAAUACUUGCUCAUCGUUUCAGCCACUGACAAGUCCCUACUAUCCGAUAAUCACUCGUUAUCCUAAAUUCAUUGUAAAUUACCAUAUACAAGAACGUGAACGUAUUCGAGAGGAAGAAAAAGAAUAUCUCAGGCAAAAAGCUACUGUCGAAGAUAUGCAACGUCGAGCUCAAUUAAUGAUGAAUGAAGAACACAAUUGGUAUCGCCAGCAGCAGUUACUUUUAGAUGCUGAGGAUCAUCGAAGAACAUUAUUAGCUGAAGAAGAAAAUAAGCUGCGUGAACAUCGAAAAAGAUUAAGUGCAUUAAUUCGCGAAGUGAAAUUACAUGAAUUAAGCUUAGCUGAAGAAUCUCGUUGUCAUUUUAGACAACUCGAUAUUCGACGUCGCCAGUGUGAAUUAAACAAGUUAGAACAAGAGUUAACUCGAUUGACUAAUUGCCGUAUCGACGAGAUAGAUUCAGCUGCUUACGCUGCAGAAUUAGCUGACUUAUGUGAAAAACUACACCAGAGGCGUGCAGAAACUUUAGCUAUUAUAAAUGAACAGCUACAAUCACGUGACAGAAACCAACCAUCAAACAAAGAAUGUCUUUUUCUAACAAUCUCUCCAAAUACCAAUGAUUCAAUUACCCAAGGCAGAUAUCUUGAGAGGAAUGUUAAUGAAGGUUAUUCAGACAGUCUAGACUAUGUGAAAUCACCAGUUGAUUCUGAUGUGGCAAAGUCAAACCUAAAACGUAACAGUUCGAAUAAUAAGUUCAACUCAGUAACAAUGUUUCCCUUCACUUCGACCAAACUCGGACCACAAACUGUCGAUUAAUACCGGCGUGAAAUAUAUUCCUAUGUUACUUACCUUUGGAAAUUGUCGUGAAUGAUCAAGAAAAAUUUAUUUACGGUCCAGUUAUUUCGAAUCCUCGUUGUAGUCGAGACAGCAUUAAUAGCCAAUAUUCUUGUUUCAAGUAUGUUGAAAUUUUCACAUGUCGAUGUGUUCAUCAGUAGCUCAGGUUGUCCGAAGUUUCUCUAUCCUCUCAAAAAUGUAUAAAUAUAAGUAGUUUUUUAAUU